UUACUACACUGCAUCGUCGUUGGAGCCAGGCACUUCACCCAAUUCUUCUGUAUCUCCAUCUAUCCAGCUACGUUCAUUACCAAGAAAUCCCCUAACCCUUUGAGAUAAACAUGUUAACUAGCUCUUCGAUUUCCUCCUCUUCUAGUUAGGUAAGGAUACUCAAAAUCCAAUAGAGGCACAGAAUCUGGCUAUUACUACAAUUUCACCUCGCUCGUCGCUGCCGCCUUGUCAACGACCGGUUGCUUUGCAAUCACUGGGCGCCAACCCCGCAAUCUCGCAUAUAAAGUCAUUCGCUUGGAUUGUCUUAGGUUGUAUUGAAAUUCAAUUUACAGAAAUGGAGGGAUUGGUUUAUGCUAGAAUGACACCUAGGGUUUCGUUUCAGGCCGUUCCGUCGCUCAAUUACCGGCUUUGUCAUCCAUUCAAGAGGUCAAUUCCUGCAACUGUAAUGGUCGUCGGCAGGGGGCGUACCCUCUCUGUUCGCCCGAUAAGAGCUCAACAGCCGGAAACCAAGGAUGGGGCCGCUGAGAAGGAAGAAGCAGCUGACGUCCUCAAAGUAAAGGAGUGGGAAGUGGGGAUGUUACAAGAUGAAGUUGCCGCUAGCCAGGGCAUAAGUAUAAGGAGAAGGCCCCAAACAGGAUCCCCAGUUCACUAUGUGGGACCCUUCGAGUUUCGGUUGCAGAAUGAGGGCAACACCCCUAGUAACAUACUUGAGGAGAUCAUAUGGCACAAGGACAAGGAAGUCUCUGAGUUGAAAGAACGAAGGCCUCUCUAUGCGUUGAAGAAAGCUCUUGAUGAUGCUCCUCCCACAAGAGAUUUCAUUGGAGCUCUCAAGGCCGCCCAUCAACGAACUGGGUUACCUGGUUUGAUUGCUGAAGUGAAGAAGGCCUCUCCUAGUAGAGGGAUCCUGAGAGAGAAUUUUGAUCCGGUUGAAAUUGCAAAAGGUUAUGAAAAAGGUGGAGCAGCAUGCAUCAGCGUUUUGACGGACAAAAAGUACUUUCAGGGAAGCUUUGAGAAUUUGGAGGCGAUAAGGGGUGCUGGAGUGAAGUGUCCUCUACUUUGCAAAGAAUUCAUAUUAGAUGCAUGGCAGAUAUACUACGCUCGAACUAAAGGUGCAGAUGCAAUUCUUUUAAUUGCCGCUGUUUUGCCUAAUCUCGACAUCAGAUACAUGACUAAGAUCUGCAUGAUGCUUGGAAUGGCUGCACUUGUGGAGGUGCAUGAUGAGAGGGAAAUGGAUCGUGUUCUUGGAAUAGAGGGUGUUGAGCUGAUAGGCAUCAACAACCGCAACCUUGAAACAUUUGAGGUUGACAUUGGUAACACAAAAAAGCUCCUCGAAGGAGAUCGUGGUCAGAGGAUUCGUGAAAAGGGCAUAAUUGUGGUUGGGGAAUCUGGAUUAUUCACUCCUGAUGACAUUAACUAUGUCCAAGAAGCCGGUGUAAAAGCAGUAUUGGUUGGGGAGUCAAUUGUGAAACAAGAUGAUCCCGCAAAGGGUAUAACUGGACUCUUCGGUAGAGACAUUUCCUUUGUGACCUUAACUUAGGAAAUUUUUGUAAUCUAUCGUCCCUGCACUUCCUGCCUUGAGAAUGCUUCAAAUUACAUUAAAAUGUAUGAAGCAUAAAGAGGUAAAUCUAAUUAUGAAGCACAGUUGUCACGUGCUCACUCAAGAAACCCUACCGUUUGCCACGAUUUUACUUAUGAUAUGAAUAUCCCACAUUACUUAGAUGAGGGACUUGUAAUCUAUUGAUAAAGAGGGCAAAUGUCUUUAUCAAUCAGUCAAUAAUAGUUUUUUAAGUAGUGGAAUAUGGCCUAUUAGGCUCAUUGGUUACAAUCAGUCCAGUAUGGAUACUGAUUGGGCUAGUGUGGAACGUAUGGAGAUUUGUUGGGUGUGCGUAUGGACACGCGUCUGGCCUCGUUCUUACCAACUCAGCCUUAAAACCUUUCCAAGAAGCCAAUGUACAUAAUAAGAUUCUUAUCUUCCACCUUGUCCAAUAAAUUGCUACCAAGAGAGUAAAACAUGAGGAAUUAUUCCUAAUGAAACUAUGAAAACGAGACAAAUACACUUUUUACUUUAUUCGUGGAGAGAGUACUAUCAAAAAGG